AUGGAGAUCGAUCACCGAGUCCCUCCGUCCCCUGCCUUGGAGCUCUUCCUGGAGAGUAAAGCCGUCGUCCUUGGCCACCCGCUUUUCCAGGACCUGCCAGGACGCAACCCAAGCUUCGUGAGCAUGGAGCCGUACAAGCGCGAGUCAUGGCAAGCCAUGACCGAGAAUGGAGGCGACAGCUUAGAGGCUGGCUACAACUUGUUCUGGCUGGACUUCGUGCAGUCGCCGAUCAAGGUUUCCGUAGCCCUACACAAGUUGGAGGAUGUCGUGAAGCACUUCUUCCAGGCCCCUGAGAGGAAGCUCCCGUAUCAGAUCAAGAGUUGCAUCUCGUCGGGGAACUUUCCGGAUGACAUGAAAGGCCACGUGGAGGCGCUCAGCCCGCUUGAGUUCGCAUGGGCUCCGGUGGUGGCAGCCGCCAGAGACAUCAAGGCGAGCCUAGGGGAAGAGGACUUGCAGAAAUGGCGGGAUCUCUUCUUGUGCGCAUCCAUGGAAGUGAAGUACGUCGACAGCAUGGAGAAGCGGUUGUGGGCCUCGCACCAAUGCCGCGAGGACAUGAUGGAGAUCGGUGAGACGGCCAAAUUGAGCACAAUCGAAAAGAUAUUGGCCAUCAUGGAGACGAAGGCCAUGUUGGAGAAGCUGCAUGGCGGCAAGACGAUGGGUGCUGAAGCGCUGGAGACCGCGUGGAGGGACAACGUCAAGGUCUCUGAGAGCGGCCGCAACAAGGAGGAAGCCAUCAAGGUUGGCCUCAUCGACGCGGCGGUGACCGUGUACAACCGGCUUCUGACAGAGAACGACAUGGAGCGGUUUUUGAGGCAGACGGAGGCCUGGAAGAAUGGCCCGGUGUUUGACAGCAUCUACCAGCUGGAGGCCAUCGUGAAGAGGGCAUCCUCGAAAGACAUGAUCCACUGGACCGUCAUGCUGAUUGCGGACAUGGUCCAGUACGGCGGGACCAUUCCGCGCGAGCUGAGCGUCCGGAAACUUUCAGGAAAGGGUCAGCCCGGCGGCAGGGGCAUCGUUGACUUGUGCAUGUGCAAGAAGGAGAUCGCGUGGUGCAUGAUCAAGAAGGCAAAUUUCCGGCUUUUAAAAAUUAUUGUCAGCGAGGUGGCCGUGAAGCGCAUGGACGCGUGGGAGAAAAGCCCCGAGGAGUACAGGAAAGCAAUGUUCAAGGGCAGCGCGUCCUGGGUGGGGACUUUGCCUGACUCGGCGCAGAAAGGCGUCAAACUCUUUGAGGAGCUCGUCUUCGACAACAAGUACGACGAAGUGAUCAAGCAGGCCAAGAAUGGCGGGCACAGCAUGGAGGAGGCCCUCACUCGCUCCCCCGUGAAGGAGAAGAUGGAUGAGUUCGUUGCCGCGCUGGAGGCGGAGGGCGAUGGCCGGCCAGCGCCAGACAUGGAGAAGAAGGGCAUCGACGUGGAGGACAUUGACUUGAGUGACGAGGAGGAUGGCGGGAUGAUGCUUCCUGGUAUCUCGGCAAAGAAGAUGGACGACAAGGAAGGCGUGCUGGCUCAGUGGGUCACCUAUGCAAAGAACUUGGUGGACAGGUAUGUGAAUUUGCACGGUGACCCUGGCAGCGUCUCCGGGGUCGCUCAGCUGCUGCGGGCGGACCCGCUUUCCCAGAAGGUCACUGGGAAGCAGGAGUACGUGCUUGUCCUGUACGAUGUCACGAGAGCUGGAGAAGCAUCGUCCAGGCCGCACUUGAGACCGCCGCCCUUAAGGGAUGAGCACUUGAAAAGAUGCAUCAAGGGAGCCUUGGAGGGGCUCCAGCCGGCGCAGAACGUUUUGCCACAGAUCCCGGAGAAGGCCGCCUUCUUUUUCAUCGACAGGAACCUGGGCAGUGCAGGCAAUGCCUCGAAGGCCUUUGUGGACGACGGCGGCAAGGUAAUUCCGAAGGUCAAGACGCAGUUGUACGUGUUGACAACGGAGCAGUCCGAGCGACAGGUGAAAGCCCGGGUCAAGGGCAUUGCUACGUUGUCCACCAUGCUGAGUAUGAACGUCUUCAGCCAGAAGACGCUCGAGGUCGUGGCGAAAGAUCACCUGCACGUGCCGGGAAGCACGGCGUCUGAUUGCCUCGGCCCCUUCGAGAGGACGCCGCCAGAAAGCCUCUGGAAGGUGAAGCACGCCAGCAAGUCGGACCUCCUGGGCAAGGCGCUGAUCGCCGUGGGGGGAACUGUGGAUGGCGACCCGGGGCCGGAAGUGGAUCCCGGGCCGAAGCCCUCCAGCAUGGUUCCCUUUUGCUGGCAUGGGCUCCCGACAGAAUUCUACGAAGAGUUGCAUCACUCUUUCUCGGGGGCUGGUUGGGUGGACCUCACCGCUGCCCAUGACAGCUAUCCGUUUGCGGAAGUGUUCCGGGCAAUGCAGCACCCCAGCGACCCCCUCUUCGAGCAGGGCCUCAGAGAUGCACUUCCGGAGUCCAUGCGGAUCAGUGCAGACAAGGAGAAGGACAACGAGAAGGGAAAGGAUGCCAACAACAAGCCGAAGGAUAACAAGAAGGAGGCAUCCAGUGAGCAGAAGCAGAAUUUGUUGGACAAGGCAGCCUACGGCGCCAAUUCACCGGUAUGGCCAGGCAGUCGGGAGGGCUCUAAUGGGAAGGCGUUUUGGUUCUUCAGCAUCAUCUUACGACCGCGCCUCGCGCGCAUGCCCCCGAAGCGGCCACCACCUGCCAUCUGUGAUUGCAACGGGAACAUUGUGACACCCCUUCAAGCGGUGAUUCUACCGUGCAUCGUCCUGGACUUUGCAGACCUUACCGCUGAUCAAAGGGUUGCUUGUCUCAUUUUCUCCUAUCUCCCAGUGCUUGAUCGUCGCCAGACUCAUGGCGUGUGCUGGUGGGCUCACGGCGACUUGAGAUGGUAUUGGGCGCGCCUUCCCUUCUUCGACAGCGAUCGCGGCGACGAAGUGCUGGGACACCUUUCCGGUGAGCAGUGA